AACAGCAAGUGACGGCCAGCCGGAGCCACGCCCCCUCCCCCGGCGCUUCCGCCGACGCCAGGAGCCAGGCAGGAGAAGCACAACACAAAAUGGCAGCGGAGUGAGGCCGGGAGGGACCGGAGCGUCUGUGCGCGGCUCUUUAACAGAACCAUUCUCCGUGAUUCUUCUGCCACGUUGCUUAUACCCCCAUUAUGGAUUGUGGAUUGUGUUCAUCCCACACUGAGUGAGCGAGGAGCCCGUACCACCAUGGAGAAGAAACGUAGAAAGAAAUGAGAGCUGUACACCCAGGCUAAGGGCCUCUGACAUGUGGACUAUUUUGAACCCCUAGAACUAUUUGCGGUUACCCUGGUGGACGUUGUAAGUGACAAAUCAGGGUACUGAGCUUACCUACAUGAACACAGGCCGUGACUUCACCGUAUGAAAUUCGCACCGUAUAUUAUGAACAUGAGGUUUGCAAAAUUUUGGCUGCAGCUGGUUGUGAUUAUACUGUGUCUCAAGAAGCACCACGGCAAACAGCCGGCAAAUUCUUCCCACGAGCCGGAAUCCUGCAACGGCUGCUCCCAUCUUACUCUAAGUAUGGAGUUCUCUUCAACGGUAGUGGAACAUGAAUACAUCGUAGCGUUCAAUGGAUACUUCCCAGCAAAGACUCGAAGCAAAUUUAUUACCAGUGCGCUGAAGAGCAGAGGUAUAGAGGACUGGAGGAUCGUACCCAGGAAUAACCCAGCCAGUGACUACCCCAGUGACUUUGAGUUGAUUGAGAUCAAGAGUGGACAAAGAGACGGAGUGCUGACGCUAGAAGACCACCCGAACAUAAAGCGUGUAACGCCUCAAAAACGCGUUUUCCGCUCUCUCAAGUUUGCAGACAGUGACCCUUCCGCCCCCUGUAAUGACACAAAGUGGAGUCAGAAAUGGCAGUCGUCCCGUCCGCUCAGAAGAACCAGCCUGUCCCUGAGCUCCGGAUUUUGGCAUGCAACUGGAAGACACUCUAGCCGACGGCUCCUGAGAGCCAUACCACGUCAGGUGGCUCAGACUCUGCAGGCCGAUGUUCUCUGGCAACUGGGAUAUACAGGUAGUAACGUAAGAGUUGCCGUCUUUGACACUGGAUUGAGUGAAAAACACCCACACUUUAAAAACGUAAAGGAACGAACUAACUGGACCAAUGAGAAAACCUUAGAUGAUGGACUUGGACACGGGACCUUUGUGGCAGGCGUCAUUGCCAGCAUGAGAGAAUGCCAGGGAUUUGCACCAGACUCUGAGUUACACAUAUACAGAGUCUUCACCAAUAACCAGGUCUCCUACACUUCGUGGUUCUUGGAUGCCUUUAAUUACGCUAUCCUGAAGAAAAUUGAUGUCCUGAACCUCAGUAUCGGCGGACCCGACUUCAUGGAUCAUCCUUUUGUUGACAAGGUCUGGGAACUAACGGCUAACAAAGUGAUCAUGGUUUCUGCCAUAGGAAAUGAUGGACCCCUCUAUGGGACACUUAACAACCCGGCGGACCAGAUGGAUGUCAUUGGAGUCGGCGGUAUUGACUUUGAGGACAACAUAGCUCGAUUUUCUUCAAGGGGAAUGACCACUUGGGAACUGCCUGGUGGGUAUGGAAGGAUGAAGCCUGAUAUAGUCACUUACGGUUCUGGGGUUCGUGGUUCUGGUAUGAAAGGUGGCUGUCGCUCCCUGUCUGGUACGAGCGUAGCUUCCCCUGUCGUGGCUGGCGCUGUGACGUUGCUUGUUAGUACAGUUCAGAAGCGGGAGAUGGUGAAUCCAGCCAGCAUGAAGCAGGCUCUCAUUGCUUCUGCGCGGAGACUUCCAGGCGUCAAUAUGUUUGAACAAGGACAUGGAAAGCUGGACCUUCUUCGGGCCUACCAGAUCCUCAACAGCUACAAACCACAAGCCAGUUUAAGCCCCAGCUACGUGGACCUGACAGAAUGUCCUUACAUGUGGCCGUACUGUUCCCAACCCAUUUACUAUGGUGGAAUGCCAACCAUCGUAAACGUCACUAUUCUAAAUGGCAUGGGAGUGACCGGGAGGAUCGUGGACAAGCCUGACUGGCAGCCAUACCUCCCGCACAACGGCGAUAACAUCGAAGUGGCUUUCUCCUACUCCUCCGUGCUGUGGCCGUGGUCCGGUUAUCUGGCCAUCUCCAUCUCGGUAGCAAAGAAGGCGGCCUCGUGGGAGGGCAUCGCCCAGGGUCAUGUGAUGAUUACAGUGGCAUCGCCAGAGGAGAGUGAGCUGAAGAAUGGAGCAGAGCAGUUCUCAACAAUAAAACUACCAAUCAAAGUAAAGAUAAUUCCUACUCCACCACGUAGCAAGAGGGUCCUAUGGGACCAGUACCACAAUCUGCGAUAUCCACCGGGUUAUUUCCCUCGAGACAACCUGAGGAUGAAGAAUGACCCCCUGGACUGGAAUGGGGACCACAUUCACACCAACUUCCGUGAUAUGUACCAGCAUCUGAGGAGUAUGGGCUACUUUGUAGAAGUGCUGGGAUCACCAUUUACAUGCUUUGAUGCCAGCCAAUAUGGAACUCUACUGAUGGUUGAUAGUGAGGAAGAGUUUUUCCCAGAAGAAAUAUCGAAGCUCCGCAGGGAUGUAACCCACGGACUCUCAUUAAUUGUCUUUGGUGACUGGUACAACACAUCUGUUAUGAGGAAAGUCAAGUUCUACGAUGAAAACACCAGGCAAUGGUGGAUGCCAGACACAGGGGGUGCUAAUAUACCAGCCUUGAAUGACCUUUUGUCGGUGUGGAAUAUGGCUUUCAGUGACGGUAUAUAUGAAGGAGAUUUUACCAUGGCUAGCCACGACAUGUAUUAUGCAUCUGGGUGCAGUAUUGCUAAAUUUCCAGAAGAUGGUGCUGUUCUGUCACAAACGUUAAAGGACCAAGGACUUGAAGUUUUAAAGCAAGAAACCUCCAUGGUUGACAAUGUUCCGGUGCUAGGACUGUACCAAACGCAGACUGACGGAGGGGGGCGAAUCGUUCUCUACGGCGACUCUAACUGCUUGGAUGACAGCCAUCGCCAGAAAGAUUGCUUCUGGCUGCUGGAUUCCAUAUUACAGUACACGUCCUAUGGGGUUCUGCCAGCGAGCCUCAGCCACUCUGAGAACAGACACAAGCCUCCGACAGGUGAGGGAUCCCCGCAGCCAGAGAGGAUGGAAGGGAAUCAUCUUCAUCGCUAUUCUAAGGUCUUAGAAGCACACCUAGGGGACCCCAAGCCGCGGCCCUUGCCUGCGUGUCCGCACCUCUCCUGGGCCAAGCCACUGCCCCUUAAUGAAACUGCCCCUAGUAACCUGUGGAAGCAUCAGAAGCUGCUAUCGAUAGACUUGGACAAGGUGGUUCUUCCCAACUUCCGUCAGAACAGACCCCAAGUGAGACCCUUGUCCCCGGGAGAGAGUGGCGCUUGGGACAUACCUGGAGGUAUAAUGCCUGGACGUUAUAACCAGGACGUAGGCCAGACCAUUCCAGUCUUUGCGUUUCUCGGUGCGAUGGUAGUCCUGGCUUUCUUUGUGGUACAGAUUAACAAGGCCAAGAGUAAGCCAAAGAGACGGAAACCUCGAGUCAAACGGCCACAGAUUAUACAGCAGUUCCACCAACCAAAGACUCCGUCUGUCUGAGCUGCGGCUUGUUGGGACCUGCGUGUGUGUAGACAGCUGGCCGCACUGCAGCGCUACAUAGACUGCCCCCGCAAAGAGACAGACCUCUGCUGUCUCUUACUGACCAAACUGAACAUUGGUACGAGACGCUUCUUCUUUUUUAAUAUUUAUUAAUGUAAAAUAAAUCCCUUUUUUUUUUCUAAAGGGCUUAUCGCUACCAAAAAGGGACAUUUGGGCAAAUGCAAUAUUUUAAGAAGACUUGUGCCUAAGACAUGGAUGUGUUUUUUGUUUUUCAUAAAGGGUGCUUACCCCCGGAUCACUGACUCGUAUUUUUAUAAAUAUCUCCGAUUUUGUAAUUUUAAUGAUGAUUCCACCGUUAUUGGUGGAGAUAUGUUUUUAAUAAAUAAGCAUCUUGUAAUACAGUACAA